AUGUGCUGCAGGGCUUACUUUUUGCUGCAAAGAGACUUGAGGGAGUUGGAAGAGAACAAGUAUAAGGGUAUUGUUGCCUUUCCUGUAAGUGAAGAUCAGAUGACAUGGGAAGCUAGUAUUGAAGGUCUAAAGGAUACAAUUUGGCAAGGAAUAUUACUCCAACUGACAAUAACUUUUACACCAGAAUAUAAUCUCGCCCCUCCAGUUGUGAAAUUUAAAACCAUUCCUUUUCAUCCAAAUGUAGACCAAAAUACUGGUCAACCCUGUAUAGAUUUUUUGGACAACCCUCGUAAGUGGAAAACAAGCUAUACAUUGAGCAGCAUCUUACUCACCCUCCAGGUUAUGCUUUCUAAUCCAGUGCUAGAAAAACCAGUGAAUUUGGAAGCAGCCCAAAUACUGACUGAAAAUGAAUCUAUGUACAAACUAAUAAUUCAAAACAUUUACCGUGACACAUUACUAUUGGAUCAAGUCAGCUCUGAUUCAUCUAAAGAUUCAGAUAAACUUAUCAAAGCAAUUAAAAUUUCAUUUGAUGAUUACCACAAGACCUGGUCUGAAAUAGCUACGUCCCAAGCUGCCGAGUGUUUCAGAAUCCCAAUGCUCCAGAAUCCAGCUUUCAUUGGACACCAUCAUAAAUGGAAGAAAAUGGAGCAAAAACAUCAGAAAGAAUGGAAUUUAAAGUAUGCUGCUGCCAAGGCUCAGUAUGCUAGAGAAACUAAAACUUCUUAUAAAGUCCAGUCUCAAAGCCGCAGGAUUUAUCCCUCCCCAGUUUCAGUUCUGUUGUGUUAUUCUCUAGAAUCACAGUCUGAAAGUGAGAUUGUCUUAAAGACGUAUUCACCAGAGGAUCAGUGGGAAGAUUAUGGUGACCACAUACAUGACCCAUGGGAGGAGGAAGUGGAGGAGCUGGUCAACUGGGCCAAUACUCUUGAUUCAGAUGUUUUAUAG